AUGCAAAAGGAUCUUAACAGCUUUGACAAAUCGCAUGCAUACUCCUACGUGGAGAGUAAGAGACUGGGGAAGAAAACCUACAAAGAGCAAUAUGUCUACAUUUACAAGAAAGAUGUGCUGCAGGUCCGAGAGCAUUGCCAGUAUCCUGAGCUAGAGGGAGGAGAGGGGACGAAUAACGACACUGAGGUUUUCUCCAGAGAGCCUUUCAUUGUCCGGUUUCACUCACCCACUACCUUGGUGAAGGAUUUUGUCUUGGUGGGCCAACACACCUGUCCCAAAACGGCAAUGAAAGAGAUCGAUGAACUCUACACUGUUUUCAAUGGGAUCUGCAAGAAGUGGAAGACUGAGAAUGUGGUGAUCUUAGGGGACCUGAACGCAGCCUGCAGCUACAUCACCAUCAAGGGCUUUAGAGCUGUGCGUUUGAGAAGCGACCCCAAGUUCCGCUGGCUGAUUGGAGAUGAACAGGAUACAACCGUUCGGCAGAAGACACACUGCGCUUACGACAGGAUAGUUAUUCAUGGCAGAGAGAUGAUCUCUGGGAUAGUUCCAGAUUCAGCUAAACCCUUCAACUUUAAAGAGGAGUUCCACCUUACUGAAGAAGAGGCCUUGGAAGUCAGCGACCACUUCCCAGUAGAAGUUGACCUGAAGCCCAUCCAUCGCUAUCUCCUGCGCCAUGAACUUUAGCCCCCACUGCGCCAUCAACAUUACCAACAACCAUUGCAAUCAUGUUUUUACUCCCAAUUAUUUCAGUUGUAUUUAUUUAUUUCAAUUUAUUUUAGGUACUUAAAUUCAAUUAUGUAGGAGUUUAGAAAAAAAAUUAAGAGUGAUUUUUGUUGGAAUUUAUACUGUACCAAACUGUAUAUAUUAUUAAGGAAAAUAAACAAACUAUGUCUUUGUCUGCACAGAGACUAAUAAAUGUAAUAUAUUGGAUAUCUAAA